GAGCAACUUCGCAGCCAAAUUAAUGCCGAGGAUCAAAAGUGUCUGAGGCAUCUGUGGUCACACGAUCCGUACGUGGAGAAGAAACGAAUCGAGGAUACAAAAGGGGGCCUCCUGCAAGACUCUUACAACUGGAUCCUUGGCAACGAAGACUUUCAGAGGUGGUUCCAGGACCCAAGGCGCCCAUUGCUAUGGAUCAGAGGGGAUCCAGGAAAGGGCAAAACGAUGCUCUUGUGCGGCAUCGUCGACAGCCUUCAGAAGCUGGCGCCAUCAAGCCUUGUCUCUUUCUUCUUUUGCCAGGCCACUGACCAGCGCAUCAACAACUCAACCGCAAUACUACGAAGUUUGAUGUUUCUCCUCAUCGAUCAACAGCAUCACCUCCUGAAGCACUUGCAGGAGCGUUAUGUCCGCCAAGGGAAGUCUCUUUUUGAACCACCGAGCGCGUGGUAUGCCUUGUCCGAGAUCAUGGAAUCUCUCUUGAUCGACUUGAAUGACAGUCAGAAACCAACCUGUCUACUGAUUGACGCACUCGACGAAUGUGUCAAUGAGGAUCUGCCUCGACUGCUCGACUUCAUCGUUAAAAUGUCCAAGAAAAUACCCUACGUCAAAUGGAUCAUCUCGAGUCGCAACUGGCAGCACAUUAUAGGCAAAAUGGAGACCCUUGGUCCUGACGCACAACUCAGUCUGGAACUGAACGCGAAUUCAGUGACCACUGCUGUUGAGGUAUACAUCCACCAGAAAGUCUUACAGUUGAGCGAAAACAAAAAGUACACCAAAGAAAGAGAGAAGAAGAUCCUAGACCACCUCUUAGUCAAUGCUGAGGGAACCUUUCUUUGGGUGGCAUUGGUUUGCCAAAAUCUUCAGAGGGUGCCGGCAUGGAAGGCUCUAGAGGCACUGGAGGCUACCCCCCGAGGACUGGAGCCUUUUUACCGAAAGAUGGUCCAGAGUAUCAGUCUCUCAGACGAUGCUGAGAUCUGUGAGAGCAUUCUUACUGUUGCCACUGUUGCCCGCCGACCACUCACACUGCAAGAGCUUAUUGCGCUCGCAGAGACUCCAGGAGAUGCAUUUGAGAAAGAGCAAGCUGCUUGUGAGCUCAUAGGGCAAUGCGGCUCUUUUCUUACCAUUCGAGAUGAAGUCGUCUACUUCGUGCAUCAGUCAGCGAGAGACUUUUUAUCGGAGAUGUUAACAAAGCGAGAAUUUGCCACGGGAAUGAUUGAGGCCAGAUGCCACAUGGUGAGGAGAUCGAUACAGCUCCUGUCCCAGUCGCUCAAGCGCGAUAUCUAUCAGCUGAGCGACCUGAGCAUUCAUGUUCAUGCGGUUGAAGCCCCGACUCCGGAGCCGCUCGCCGCCGUUGGAUACUCUUGCGUCUUCUGGGUUGAUCAUUUCGCGGAUCUGGUUGACGGCGAAUACAAUGAGACGACGGGUGGUUAUGCCAACGAUGCUCUUGUUCCAUACAUCAAGACCUUCAUUGGUACCAAAUACCUUUACUGGCUGGAAGCUCUUAGUCUUCUGAGAAGGGUGCCAGAAGGCGUCAUCGCGAUGAGAAAGUUGCAGGACAUUUCUAGGGUUUGGGCGGGACAGGACUCAGAACACCUGAUUCGAGAUGCCUAUCGGUUCAUCUUGGCAGCUAAACAGACGAUUGAAUAUUUCCCGCUACAAAUUCAUCCAUCGGCCCUCUUAAUAUGUCCAGAUGGCAGCAAGAUCCGGAAACUUGCUUUGGCAGAAGAACGCCCGUUAUUCGUGAUGAAGCGUGGCAUACGGACAUCUUGGGAUUCUUGCUUGCAAACGCUGGAACUGGAUGAGGAUGUCGGGAGCGUAGCCUUAUCUCCGGAUGGCAGUCUCAUGGCAUCCAAAUCAAGGUUUGGCGGAAAGCUUUGGGAUAUGGCCACUGGAACCUGUUUGAAAACUCUUUGGAGUCCUCACGAGGACCUCAGACGUCUACUGUUCUCGCCGAAUAGCCAGCAAGUGGCCGCGAUCACAGAGCACAAUGGCAUUGCUAUUUGGGAUAUUGAAUCCAGAGAGCUUAUAAUGAUACUGGAAGGAUGUGGCUAUCGGCCCUGCAAUUCAUCCUUCUCGCCGGAUGGAAGUCUCUUCGCGUCCAGUUUUCAUAAGCACAUUCUGGUCUGGGACGUGUGUUCCGGUGAGUGCUUUCUCAAGUUGAACAGCCAUCAGUACGUCGCUGCAUUAUCCUUCUCGUCGGAUGACAAGCGACUGAUGUCAUGCUCCGACCGUGGGACCAUAACGGUCUGGGAUGCGGCUGGUAACUGCACGAGCACUCUGACUGGAUCAUGGCCCAACAAACAUGGCGCACCGUGUAUCUCCCCCGACAUCUCUCGAGUAGCAUUCCGUGACUCAAGUGAGAGGGUCGGUAUUGUCGACACAGCCUCGGGCCAAUGUAUUAAGACCAAGACGCUUGGUAGAAUUGUGCUUGGUCCAAGAUUCUUCCCAGAUGGUCGGCAGGUGGUCGUGGCCCUUUCCAGCAACGAGAUUAUAAUAUGGGACAUCGAUGGAGACAAGCCUUUGAGGACACUGAGAGGCCAUUCUCACUCAAUAAGCUCAAUUGAGAUCUCGCACGAUGGCAGUCGCUUGGUAUCAUCCCUCGGAGAUGGAAGUGGAAUCAUCAUGGUUUGGGAUACGGCUAAAGGCGAGCAGGUGCAGACCUUCACUGGCCACACGCUUGAAGUCCGCCACAUGUCGUUCUCCUCAGAUGGGCAGCUUUUGGCGUCUGCAUCACCAUAUCAUCACAUCAGAAUCUGGGAUAUAGAAACAGGUACCUGCAGGUACAUACUGGAGGGUCAUUCCCGCGAGGUCAGUUUGGUCAAAUUCUCACCUGACUCUUGCCGAUUGGCGUCAGUGUCGACAUAUGACGGUAAAAUCAUAAUCUGGGAUCUUGCUGCGGAGACUUGCAUUCAGUUGGAAUGCGAGUCACAAUGGAGCAUGCCCAUUGACUUCAAUAUGGAUGGAAGAGCACUUGCCUCGGGCGUCGGGCAUGGGAUAAUCAAGAUAUGGGACAGCGCCUCAGGCCGGUGCAUGCAUACCUUGACGUUUCAUCCAGCAUCAGACACUCAGUGCUUGGCUUUC